AUGGAGCUAUUGACGCUUGUAGCGGUUGGUAAAAAACAUAAGGAGGUGGAAACUUUCUUUGCUAUAGUUGCUAAUGUGUUGAAUGUGAUUGGAGUAUCCUUUAAACGUAGAGAUAAACUUCGGGACCAUCAAGCAGAAUUAUUGGAGCGGUUGCUAGAGAGUGGUGAAGUUCAAAGUGGGAAAGGAUUAAAUCAAGAACGAGGGCUUCAAAGUCCAGGUGACACUCGUUGGGGAUCACAUUGUAAAACAUUAGAUAACUUUGUUGUUUUAUUUGCAUCUAUUGUUCAUGUGCUUGGGGUGAUUGAAUAUGAAGGUUCUGAGGCUAAUGAUAGAUUGCAAGCAGAAGCUUUUUUGAGUAAAAUCAAUUCAUUUGAAUUUGUGUUCAUGCUUCACUUGAUGUUGAAGGUACUGUUGAUGUCUAACAAGCUGAGUAAAGCUUUACAGAAGAAAGAGCAAGAUAUUGUCAAUGCCAUGAUAUUUCUUGACCUUACAAAGGAAAGGUUGCAACAAAUGAGAGAGGAAGGAUGGAAAUCAUUAAUGUAUGAAGUCUCUUUGUUUUGUGCUAAACAUGACAUUUUGGUGCCCAAUAUGGAAGAAUUCUAUAUUUCUGGAAAGUCGAAGCGUAGGCCUUCUAGUGUUACUUAUUCACAUCACUUACGUGUUGAGCUUUUUUAUACAGUGAUUGAUUUGCAACUUCAGGAUCUUAACAGCCGUAUUGAUGUUGUUAGUGGUAACUUGCUUCUUGGUAUGGCUAGCUUGAAUCCGGCUAAUUCGUUUGCCAAUUUUGAUAAGGAAAGAAUAAUGACAUUGACCAAGUAUUAUACAGAUGAGUUUGGUGAAUUGAAGCUUCGAGAUCUUAGUCACCAACUUGACACUUUCAUAUUGCACAUGAAACAUGGUGACCCUAGAUUCUCGGAUUUGAAAGGAAUUGGUGAUUUGGAAAAAGCUUUGGUUGAAGCAAAUCUUGUGGAGACAUAUUUACUUGUUUAUUUACUUGUGAAGUUGACUCUAUUUUUACCUGUCGCGACUGCAACGGUAGAAAGAGCAUUCUCAUCCAUGAAAUACAUCAAGGAUGAAUUGCGUAGUAGUAUUGGUGAUGCAUUUUUAAAUGAUUGUUUAGGUUGUUACUUUGAAAAAGAAGUAUUUGAAAAUGUAAGCAAUGAUGCUAUUAUUGACCGUUUUUAG